GGAGGAGGAUGAUAUCUAUCAAGCUUGGAGGUUUAGGGCUGCCAAGCGCUUGCGAGGUAUGCUCCAUGCCAUUCGCAAAAAAGGUGCCCGUCCAUAUUGGAUCCCACCAGAAGUUCUUGGUGAAUUGAUGAGACGUUGGGACACUGAUGCCUAUAGACAAUUACAGGCGAGAAAUACAGCUGCCAAGAAAUCGACUCGAGGUACUUCCCUUCACACUGCAGGAGGCACCACCUUUCCAGAAGCGAGAUUACGCUUGAAUCAUUCGCUUGGAAGACCAUCACGUAUGGAUGGGUUUUUUGAGCACACUCAUACUCGCAAAGAGGAUAGGACUCAAUGGGUUGAUGAACACUCCCGAAAGACAAAGGUAACUUACCUUUAUUAAUUGUAACUAUUUUGUUAUCUAAUUGUUAUGCCUUAUU